UUUGCUUCAGCGCUCCGGUUGAGCGUCUGGAAGAGCGAGGGAGGAAGAGAGAUCGAGGCGAGGCGAGGCGAGGCGAUGAUGGGCGACGAGAAGUCGUCGAGUCCAAUGGGAAAUAGGGAGAGGGAUCGUGAGCUGCUCAUCCCCGUCGUGGACCACGACUCCGAAUCCAGGGCUUCCUCCUCCUCCGCUUGCCCUAACCACCACCACCACCACCACCACCGCCACUCCCACACCGGUAGAGAGGCGUUUUAUAUAGUCAUCCACAGUUGGGCUUCGAAAAAGUUCAUGACAGGAUGUGUGAUCCUCUUUCCAAUUGCUAUCACCUUUUAUAUCACCUGGUGGUUUAUUCAUUUUGUUGAUGGAUUUUUUUCUCCGAUCUAUGCUCAACUUGGCAUAAACUUAUUUGGACUUGGUUUUGUAACUUCCAUAACCUUCAUUUUCUUGGUUGGAGUAUUCAUGUCAUCAUGGCUCGGUGCAUCUGUCCUUAGUCUUGGCGAAUGGUUUAUCAAGCGGAUGCCUUUUGUUCGUCACAUCUACAAUGCUUCUAAGCAAAUUAGUUCUGCUGUCUCACCUGACCAGAAUAAACAAGCAUUCAAGGAAGUUGUAAUUAUCAGGCACCCUCGGCUUGGUGAACAUGCAUUUGGAUUUAUCACUUCCACUGUUGUUCUUCAGAGUUAUUCUGGUGAGGAAGAACUCUGCUGUGUCUAUGUUCCAACCAACCAUCUUUAUAUCGGUGACAUUUUUCUGGUCAGCUCAAAAGAUGUUAUCAGACCAAAUAUUUCUGUUCGUGAAGGAAUUGAGAUUGUUGUUUCUGGGGGUAUGUCAAUGCCUCAAGUUCUGUCAGCACUGGAUCCACAUACAGUACCUGAUGGAGCUAGAUCUGGCAGAAUUUACCCUUAGUUGCUGCUGGCAGAUAUAGCAGGGCAAAAUUUUCAUUAGUUUCAGGUAGUGCAAGACUUGCCGGUUUUUUCUUCGAGCGGUCUGGCAAUUCUUGAUGGCUCUUAACACACUUCUUUGGCUUUGGUUCGUUUGCGACUUGUAAAUAGGUCAUAAGAAAUUUUGCAGAAUUCUUCAUGCUAAUUCUGUGUGUCACCUGAAUUACUGCUUCCCGGUGUUCUACUUCAGCUUCUUCACAUCGUAAUCGUUAGGUGGUGUUCUACUGCAGCUUCUUCACAUCGUAAUCGUUAGGUAACGUACCAUUUCAGCAUUAUGGAUUGUAGGAAGACCUGCUAUGAUCUUAUUUAUAGUCUUCAGUUAGGCAUCUACUGUUUAGUUUCUAGCGACUAAAAGAAAUGGUUGGAGGUAAUAAAUAGGAUGCUUCUUCAGUCA